AUGACGGCAAGACGGACCAACAGAUUUUCCCUGUUGUUUGUGAUACUUCUGGGAUUGUCAGAAGCGGAGUCCGUGUGGUGCAAAGAUUCUUGGCUGAACGACUGGGGACCGGUGCACUGGCUGGAGGAACUUUGCCACUGGGCUGGACUGUGUGACACCGUUUGCUACGGGGAUCUAGGGUGUUUCUCCAACGAGCUACCGUGCCACAAGGAAUUCUUCCCCCCGAUGCGACCGGCAGAGAUAGGCACUCGAUUCACGCUGCAUACCCGGGGGAAUCGCGACGCGCCAGCCACGUUGAAUCGCACGGAUGGUGCGGAGCGUAGCUGGCGGCGGCACUUCAACGCGAAACGGAGGACCGUUGUCAUCAUACACGGAUGGGGUGAAACGGACAAUAAAGCCUGGGUGAAGGAGCUUAAAGACGCACUACUUGAUAAGGCAGAUUUCAACGUGAUAACCGUGGACUGGGAAGAGGGUGCCGAUGAACUCAAUUACAUGAAAUCAGUUCAGAAUAUCCGCGUGGUAGGACGUGAAGUGGCCAUGACAGUCGGAUAUCUACACACUGAGACUGGUCUGGAUCGAACGCUGGUGCAUCUGAUUGGACACAGCUUGGGUGCACACGCCGCGGGGUAUGCCGGGAAACGACUCCGGAAUAUUGGCCGCAUCACUGGUUUAGACGCGGCUGGCCCCGGGUUUGAAAACACCGAUGCUGAUUGCCGAUUGGACAGAAGUGACGCCAAAUUUGUCGACGUUAUUCACACAAGUUCAAAUAGCUUGCUGGAAGGCGGGGCCGGUAUCGAACAAAAGAUAGGACACAUGGAUUUCUAUCCCAAUGGAGGUCAGAACCAACCCGGAUGUAGAUGGUGGAUGCUCGGAUGCAGUCACGCAAGAUCUCACGCCUACUUCAUCCAGAGCCUGCGAGAUACCUGCCAGUUUCCUUCCGUGCCCUGCCAGGAGUUGGCUGACUUCUUGACAGGGAAAUGCCGGUCGUGUGGUCGCGGAGAUUGUCCCUCCAUGGGAUACGAGGCCGCCUGGAGCCGUAGUUCUUAUGGAAGCUACUACCUUAAGACCCUGAGAAAAAGUCCGUACUGCAGCCCAAAGAAAUCUCAGUUACGUAAUAAGUUCCUCAGACAGGGAUCGAGAAAUGAGAUCAUCAAGACGAGAAAAGAAAAAACAGGCUUCUCUAAGAAACAUCGUCAAGUUCAGGGUUGAACAGAAGUGUUACUGUCGUACCCAAUAGUUGUGUAGGAGAUAUAUGUACGUGUACUGUAUUAAAUUACGAUUCCGGCAACUUUUUAAUGCAUUGGUUUCUGUUCGGGUGUGUAAGAUACAACUUAUGUUUGAAUAUUCAUCAACUUCCUCAGCUUCUGACGCAGCAUUGUCACCCAGGACUGAUUUGGGGGAACCUUGUCAUGUAUGUUUCCGGGCAGUGAUUGGAAAUGACACGUGAGGAAUUGCAUUAGACUUUCAUUUUUUUUAAAACGUGUUUAGUUUUAUCACGAAAGUCAAAAGUUGUUAAUUCGAACUCGUUAGAGAGGUGACGAAUUCCGAGCCGGAAUUU